AGUAGCCGGUCCGUUGACCUCUCCCAUGAUUCUCUCCAUCUCUCACAAGACAUUAUGUUUCCUUCCGACUUUCCUCCUUACUGGGAACAGUAUAUAAACGCUUUGUACUUGUCCUCAGGCACGGAAUCCUUCGAUGUCUUCUCCUGAAUCGUUUCAAGGUGUAGCAGCCGUACUUGCAGGCUCAACAAGAUCCUCCAUCUCUUCUCUCUUUUCCCUUACCGGAAGAGUGGCUCUCGUGACUGGUGGCGGACGUGGAAUCGGAUUGGAAAUUGCGUUAGCAUUUGCAGAAGCUGGAGCGGUCGUUUACUGCCUUGAUAAGCCUACCGAACCUGGAAAAGAUUGGUUGACGGUACAAAAGCAUGUCGGUCAACUUCCGGCUCCAGAGGGCGGCAAGGAUUCUAAAGGACCUUCAUUGAGCUAUCUUCAUGGGGACGUGACGGACCAGAAAGCGAUGUGGAAGAUAGUGGAUGAUAUCGUUGCGAAAGAGAACAGAAUCGAUGUUUGUUUCGCCAAUGCGGGGAUCUUGCAGGAAUAUAAUUGCCUCGAGUAUCCGGCUGAGGAGUUUCAGAAGGUAAUGAACGUGAACGUCAAUGGCGUACUCUUUACUGCUCAGGCCGUUGGAAGGCACAUGGAACGCCUGGGAAUACCUGGGAGCAUUAUCAUGACAGCUAGUAUGAGUGGAACCAUAACGAAUCCUAGGCGAUCAUGGGUGGCUUAUAAUACAAGCAAGUCUGCCGUGCUCCAGAUGGCUCGUUCUAUGGCAUGUGAGCUCGCUCCCAAAGGUAUUCGCGUUAAUGCCUUGAGCCCCGGAUAUAUUCUCACAAACAUGACUCGAGACUUCCUGGAUUCAAAUCCUGAACUAUGGACAGAUUGGAAGGGGCAGAAUCCAUCAGGGCGGAUUGGAAGGCCGGAUGAGCUCCGCGGUGCUGCUCUUUGGUUGGCGAGCGACGCCUCGACCUUUUGCACGGGCAGCGAUAUUCGUGUGGAUGGUGGCCAAACAGCUUGGUGAACGAAUCACGCAAAGUUCUAUUAUCACUUGUCUCCGGAAAGCAAUUGGAAAGAGACAUGUAAUUUAAUUCAUCCGAGCCAAAAGUGAACAUAGUCCAUCACAAAUAUUGGGAUGAUCUUUGCCACCAGUAUCCACAUCCUCGUAAAUGUUGAUCAACGAAGUUCUGAUUGUGCCUAAAGCUUCAACUGGAAUCUCAGCCACAUGUCAUCAGGUAAGUGGGUAAGUAUGUUUCCCCCGAUCAAGUCUUGAGAAAAUAGCUGAACUUACCGCUCUCC